AUGACUGCGGUUGAAAUGGGUACGGUCAACAGCCGUCCGCUGGUCCAGAUUUUCGAAGAAAUCGGGCCCGACCGUUGGGAAGACCGUGAACCUGAUUUGAAUAUUUUGGAGUCCAGGCCGGAGGCCAACUUUCUCGUCCUUCUCUCCAACGAAUUCAGAGAAUAUGCGAAAGAACACAUGCCCGAGUUCAAAAACAAAUUCCUUGAUGAAUUCUGGCCGGUGCUAGAGGACGACAUUAACGGGUCCUUCCACUGUGAAUAUAACGACUCGAAUGCUAGAGUCACACCAGCAGUUACCUGGUCGUGUUUCAAAAUCAAAGAAGUCAAAACAGCGGGAGAGUACAAAUGGAAGCAGCCUGCCAUACACGUGGAUUGGAAUGCAGACACCGGACGACACGUUGUGCACGUCAUCGAACCGCCGUUGCAGAGGCCCAGCGAAUUCCUUCCCAGGAUUCCGCCCGCCGAAGAACGACGAUGUAAUCCAUUCUCCUGGCAUGCAGCGUUUGCGCGGAUGGUGCUCGAGCAGUAUGAUAGGGCGUUUUGGCUGUUGAGAGACUUGGUGCGAAAGCAGGAGAAGGAACGAUCAGAGUCAGCACAUAAGCCGAACGAUUUUCCCCAUCUGCAUGACAUCCUGCGGCAUCUUUUCCACUAUGAAGAAACGAUCGAGGUGGCGCAACAUACGUUGCGGAUGAUGGCGGCUGAAAAAGAUCGUUGGCGUAACGAAGACGAGGAAGACAUUCGGCAAAACCUAGGAAUAUGGAUUAAGACCCGUCAGCGUAUCCUGCACGAGGAAAAGAGAGCACAUUCGUUAAAAACUCGGUCGAAGUCGUUGAAUGACCGGCAUCGAAAUGAGAUUAACCUGGUAACACAUCUAGCUCAACAAGUGAGUAUGGUGUAUUUGCCAGGGACGUUUGUAUCUGGCCUCUUCGGCACCAAUUUCUUCAGCUUUCAAGCUGACCCGGGCAAUACAUGGCUCAUGGCUGACGAGUUCUGGCUCUACUGGGCAGUGACGCUGCCCUUAACCUUCGCCACGGUGGUCAUCUGGGCGAUCUGGCACUGGCAGGACAAAUUCGUCUUCUUGCGGAAUAAAGCGCAGGGUCAAAGGUCGAAUACAUCUGCUGGUUUCACCAAUUCCAGGGGCAAUCUUGAGUCCAAUGAUAGACCGAACAUUACUUUUUUGAGAAGGAUGACCACCGCACUUGGAUGGGGGGAGGGUGUGCAGCGAGUAGAGACGGUGUGA